AUGCAUUCUGGAUCAUUUAUAGCAAACACUCCAACUUAUGAGUUGGAUGACUUUCGUAAGGAAGUGCGUGGCAAAAUUAACAGCAAAUUUGAUUAACCCAAACAUAUACUGUACUAACCCAAAACAUCCAAUCUAGAAUAACUCUAAUAAAUCCUGAGAUCAAGCAUAUCUCCCAAAUCACCAAAAAACAACCCACUUCACAAAUCUCAGAAUUCAUCUCCCCAAGCACACAAAUCCCCUGGUAGAUUAUCAUUUCAGAGAUCCAGUCUAGACCUUAGUAAACCGACUUAAAAGUAACAAAUAACUACUAUGAAGUAUAUUAUAUCCAAAAAAACAAUUGCAAGAUAUAUUGCCACUGAAUAAGAUCACAGAAUUGCAGAGAGCAAUUAAAAAUCAUAAUCAUCCUACCAAUAUUAUUUCCUUGAACUCAAAAAACUUGCUAAAGUAGUCUUAAGAGAGACUUAAGGAUGA